UGAAGAGUUGUUAAAGAUGCGAUGGCAAAAACAUUUUUAUUACCUUUUUUAUUUUUGACUUUUGCGCAUUUAACUAUCGGUCAAUGGGCAAUUUCUGUGUUUUUCGACGAUAAACACGAUAAACUUCGAUUGCCUAUCAGUGCAUGGUAUCCAUUUAGUUAUGAGAAUCCAUGGGUUUACUCCAUCGUUUAUAUUUAUCAAGUGUAUGGAAUUAGUAUGAGUGCGGUCGUCAAUUCAGCAACUGAUACAUUUGCAUCGUCAAUGAUUUUUCAUUUAGACUCUCAAAUUAAACGUCUUGGAAUUCAGUUGUCUAAAGUGAAGCUAUUUAAAUCAUCAUUAUAUUAUAUAAUAUAUAAAAUAAUUAUGAAUUAUUUCAGAUUGGAUAUGAAAAAAACGAUGACAAAAAUUUAG